AUGCGCUCGCCGUCCGUCGCUCAACGUCCAGCCCGUCCUCCUGAUGAGCGCGUCCACGGUCUGACGGCCUCCGGUCGUCCCUCGCGCCGUCUCUCCGCUCGCAUCCGCGCUCGCCUGGGCCUCCAUCGUCCCUGUAUCUUGCCCCGAACCUACGCGAUCGUAGAUGGCCGUCCCCGCUCCCGGCGCCCGAGUCGCGCAUUCUCGUACCCCAACAGGCGCGGCCGCCCUCGCUUGACUUGUCGACGCUUUGUCCUUUGGCGCCCGUGCAAUACGCCUUGA